UGCUUUCCCGUCUUUACCCAGUCCCUUGCUCUUCUUUGUCCGCCGUCCUCCUCCCGUUAGAACAAUCUCCCGCCACCAGCCCACCACCUUUCCUCCAUUAAAGCGGUGCCAUAACCACCACCUCCGUGCACGGUUUCCACCUCCGUCGCCCUACCUCCAUACACACCGCCUCCGUCCACCACAUCUGCGGCCUCCACCUCCGCCUCCUCCAUUGGAGCAACCUCUCAGGACUAAGGUAAUUCUCAUUUACGUGAAAACAAGUAUAACCCUCCACUCCUUCAACAUCUGCGCACUUCUCAUCUGCCGCACAAUCAUCCAGUCUUUCACCUGCCCUAAUCUCACAUCAUCCAGAAAAUUGUUGCUAGUAUAGAGAAAGAUGGAAAAUGCAGAGGAUGAAUGUCAUGUUGCAGGUGGACCCCAAGAGAAACAUGAAGAUGAGGAAACCAUUACCCGCCUUGAGGAAUUCAAGAAAUCUAUCGAGGCAAAGACGGCUCUCCGCCACAACAAUUUCCACCCUGAAAGGCCAGACUCAGGUUUCCUCAGGACACUGGAUUCCAGCAUUAAACGUAAUACUGCAGUCAUUAAGAAACUUAAACUGAUUAAUGAAGAGCUGAAAGAAGGUUUAAUGGAUGAACUGCGAAGUGUCAACUUAAGUAAAUUUGUUAGUGAAGCAGUUUCUGCUAUUUGUGAUGCCAAACUUCGAUCAGUUGACAUACAAGCUACUGUUCAGAUCUGCUCUUUGUUACAUCAGCGGUACACAGAUUUCUCACCAAGCCUAGUUCAAGGCCUCAUGAAAGUGUUCUUUCCUGGGAAAUCUGCCGAUGACUUAGAACUGGACAGGAAUGCAAGGGCUAUAAAGAAGCGCAGCACAUUGAAACUUCUCUUGGAACUUUACUUUGUCGGAGUUAUAGAAGAUUGUAGCAUAUUUGUGAACAUUAUUAAGGAUCUAACUAGCAUAGAGCACCUGAAGGACCGUGAUGCUACACAGACAAAUUUGUCCCUUCUUACAAGUUUUGCUCGGCAAGGGAGAUAUCUUCUUGGUCUUCAACUGACAGAUCAAGAUAUUUUUGAAGAGUUUUUCAAAGGCCUCAGUGUCACAACAGAGUUGAAAAGGAUCUUCAGAAAGGCAUUUCAAACAUAUUAUGAUGCAGCUGUUGAACUUCUUCGGUCAGAGCAUGCUUUGCUUCGUCAAAUGGAGCAUGAAAAUGCAAAAAUUUUGGCUGCUAAAGGUGAACUCAACGAGGAAAGUGCAUCCUCAUAUGAAAAGCUGCGGAAAGCUUAUGACCAGCUGUACCGUGGUGUCUCAGCUUUAUCAGAAUCACUGGACAUGCAACCUCCUGUGAUGCCCGAGGAUGGUCAUACAACCAGGGUAACAUCAGUGGAAGACAUAUCAUCUCCAGGUGGUGGUGUUAAAGAUUCUUCCAUUGAAGCCCUGUGGGACGAUGAGGAUACAAGGGCUUUCUACGAGUGUCUCCCAGAUCUCAGGGCAUUUGUCCCUGCUGUCUUAUUGGGAGAAACUGAAUCAAAAUUGAGUGAGCAAGCUCCAAAGGCUCAAGAACAACUCACUGAUUUGACAUCAGAUUCAGAUCAAGGUCAGAGCCAGAUAUCUACAAAAAACAGUGCAGAGUGUUCUCAAGAUUCUGGAGUGAUUGCAGAGGAUAAGAGUGAUAUAAUUAAGGAUAAAGAUGAAAAAGAUAAAGAAAAGAACAAGGAAGCAGACAAAGAUAAAGGGAAAGAAAAGGAGUCAGAAAGAAAAGUAGAUAGUGAAAAGGAUAAAGUUAAAGGUCUUGAAGGGGCCAAUUUAGAAGGUUUAUUCCAGAGGCUUCCGGGUUGUGUGAGCCGUGAUUUGAUAGACCAGCUAACUGUUGAAUUUUGCUACCUGAAUUCUAAAUCUAACAGAAAGAAGCUUGUGAGGGCUCUGUACAAUGUUCCGAGAACUUCUCUCGAGUUGUUGCCAUACUAUUCUCGUAUGGUUGCUACUCUGUCAACUUGCAUGAAGGAUGUGCCUUCGAUGCUUUUACAGUUGUUAGAGGAAGAGUUCAACAGUUUGAUAAAUAAGAAGGAUCAAAUAAACAUUGAAAGCAAAAUAAGGAACAUUCGUUUUAUUGGAGAACUCUGCAAGUUCAAAAUUGCAGCUUCUGGUCUCGUUUUCAGUUGUCUAAAGACUUGUUUGGAUGAUUUCACACAUCACAAUAUCGACAUUGCUUGCAAUCUUCUGGAAACAUGUGGUCGUUUUCUCUACCGUUCCCCUGAGACCACAAUCCGCAUGGCUAACAUGCUCGAUAUACUGAUGCGCUUGAAGAACGUUAAAAAUUUGGAUCCUCGGCACAUCACUUUAGUGGAGAAUGCAUAUUACUUGUGCAAGCCUCCUGAAAGGUCUGCACGAGUAUCUAAGGUUCGCCCUCCUUUGCAUCAGUAUAUAAGAAAACUCCUUUUCUCGGAUCUAGAUAAAACUUCCAUAGAGCAUGUACUAAGACAACUUCGGAAACUUCCGUGGAGUGAAUGUGAGUCGUACCUUUUGAAGUGCUUUCUGAAGGUGCAUAGGGGAAAGUAUGGUCAGAUUCACCUGAUUGCUUCUCUUACUGCUGGUUUGAGCCGGUAUCAUGACGAUUUUGCUGUUGCGGUUGUUGAUGAGGUGUUAGAGGAGAUCAGAGUGGGGUUAGAGUUGAAUGACUAUGGGAUGCAACAAAGGCGCAUUGCUCACAUGCGGUUUUUAGGAGAACUGUAUAACUAUGAAAUUAUAGACUCUUCGGUCAUUUUUGAUACACUCUAUCUGAUUCUAGUUUUUGGCCAUGGAACAGCAGAGCAAGACAAACUGGAUCCGGUGGAGGAUUGUUUCCGUAUCAGAAUGGUCAUUACUCUUCUUGAAACCUGCGGACACUACUUUGAUCGAGGUUCUUCAAAGAGGAAACUCGAUCGGUUCCUCAUUCAUUUCCAAAGAUACAUAUUGAGCAAAGGAAUGCUGCCCCUGGAUAUCGAGUUUGAUUUGCAGGACUUGUUUGCUGAAUUGCGCCCCAAAAUGAUUCGAUAUGCCUCGAUUGAUGAAGUCAAUGCGGCAAUCCUUGAACUCGAUGAACAUGAACAAGCGGUUUCAACUGAAAAGGCCAAUGCUGAAAAGCAUCUUGAUACAAAACUUGAAAACCCAGUCAAUGGAGGACAAAACCUUGCAAAUAAAAUUAUUGAAGAAAAUGGUGAACCACAUGAGGAUAUUAUUCCGGGAGAUAGUGAAAGUGAUUCAGACAGUGAGCAUCGGGGGCGUGAUGAUGAUGAAUUUGACGAAGAGAAUCAUGAUGAUGUGUCGGAGACCGAUGACGAGUAUAAUGAUGUGGGCAGGCCACCGGCUUCAGAUGAAGAAGAUGAGGUACAUGUUAGGUCAUCAAAGGUUGCUGAAGUGGAUCCCCAGGAGGAGGCUGACUUCGAACGUGAGCUCAGGGCUUUACUGCAGGAGAGUUUGGAUUCACGAAAACUGGAGCUGCGUGCAAGACCGACAAUCAACAUGGUAAUACCGAUGAAUGCAUUCGAGGGGCCCACAGCCAAGGAUGAAGAAGAUGAGACAUUGGUGGACGAGGAAGCUGGAGCAGGAAAAGAGGUCAGGGUUAAGGUCCUUGUGAAACGGGGAAACAAACAACAGACAAAACAGAUGUACAUCCCCCGUGAUUGCUCCAUCAUACAGAGCUCGAAGCAGAAAGAAGCAGCCGAGCUUGAAGAGAAACAAGACAUCAAGAGGCUGGUCUUGGAAUAUAAUGACAGAGAGGAAGAGGAGCUUGUUAGUGGGGUCCAUGGGAACCAACAUCAGAGCUGGUCUCAAAGCGGCGGUGGCAGUGGUAGAGGCUCAAGUCGUGGCAAUGCAUGGAAUGGUGGGCCACGUCAUCGCUAUCUGCAACACUCUGGGGGUGGGUUGUAUUAUGGUAGAAGAAGAUGAAAUUGUUAACUUUGCCCUCAAUAUUAUUAAUAUUUGCAGACAAAUCAUUUUGUUUGCUAAACUAGUAAAGUAGCUGGAAAUGUGUAUCAGAGUUGUAAAUAAUAGAGUAUCAACCAUCAAGUACGGAGUAUUUCUUAAGCAAGAAAAAAAUUAAAAAAUAGCUUCAUUAGAACAAGUUCCAAAUGGUCUCAUGGAAUGGAAACUAGACUGGAACUCUGGAACCGGAAGGGUUUUUGAUUCGCCAUUUCGCACCAAUCAAACUAGACACCGUAUAAGGUGUCUGCCGCGACCGUGCUGGAUUAGGUCACUGGCGAUGGCUGUUUUAGAUGUGGUGUUUGAUGAUGGCAAUUUCAGAUGCGGUGGCAGCAGAGGAUGUAAAGACCAUGAAAGACUUAGCGGCACCAGAGGGUGACAAUGAUGAAGAUGAUGGCAGUGGUGGAGAACACGGCAGCGUCGGAUGAGGACUCGUCUGAGAGUGCUGGUGUCGCUGGAGAUGGCGGUGAUAGCGUUAGAGUGGAUGCCAUUGUGCACCAGAUUUGGUGGCAUCAUACGAUUCAUACUAUCGCCGAAUAUUAGUUUUCAUUAUUAAGUUUGUUUUAGUAUUUUGUUUUAUAAUUUUAAUUAUCAAUAAGGAAAUCAGUUUUUUCUUCAAGGGUUUUCUUGUUAACUCGGGUUUUCUUACUUCUAUGAAAGAUUGAAGUCCUUUUAUAUUAUUAUUCGAAUGAUUCACGUUCAAUGUGAAAUUCUAUCUUUGUUAACCAAUAAUCCAAGUAUUGAAUAUU